AGCAAAUUCAACAAAUCGGCCAUGAGACCCACACAUGUAAAUAGGCACACCACUCCUCAACGGACACUGCACCCUUUCUGUCCGAUAACUCCGUAAGAAAAAUUACCAAACCCCCUUCUUUCACUGUCUAUUUUCCAUUGAUUCUUUUCUCCGAAGCAGACUUGGGAAUCUUCUCUGAGCUGUAUGUACUUGCCGUAAUUACCAAUUCAGGAAGAUCUGUUUGUGUGCAGUGGUCGGAUCUCUUAAUCAUCACCUUUGGCUUAGGAAAAAGCUGCAGAAGUUGAACUGUUUCCUCGUCUGCAGUAAAAUACAGUGGUGGAGAUGGCAAACCGACUAAAGGAAGAUGAGAAGAAUGAACGAAUAAUUCGGGGCCUUCUGAAACUUCAAGAGAAUCGCAGAUGCAUUAAUUGCGGCAGCCUGGGACCGCAGUAUGUAUGCACAAAUUUUUGGACAUUUGUUUGCACAAACUGUAGUGGAAUACACCGGGAAUUCACACAUCGAGUUAAGUCAAUUUCGAUGGCUAAAUUUACUUCACAAGAAGCUAGUGCACUUCAGGAAGGAGGAAAUCAGCGUGCAAAGGAAAUUUAUUUUAAAGAAUGGGAUCCACAUCGUCAUUCUCUUCCUGAUAGCAGUAAUAUUGACAAGCUCCGGGACUUCAUUAAGCAUGUUUAUGUGGACAGAAGAUUUAGUGGUGAGAGGACCCAUGACAAACCACCGAGAGGAAAAAUGGGUGACAAAGAUGAUUUUUAUGAAAACAGAAGAGUUGAGACAUAUCAGGGAGGAUCUAAAAGCCCGCCAUAUGAGGAUGCAUAUGAGCGUCGUUACAGUGACAGGUCUAGUCCUGGUGGAAGAAGUCCUGGAUAUGAUCAAGAAAGUAGACAAUAUGGUGAUUAUAGGAGAAGCCCAGGUCGUCCACCAAUAAUCAAUGAUUGGCGUCGUGAAGAUAGAUUUGGAGAUGGAAGAAGACUUGAAGAUCGUAGAAUAUCUGAUGGAGAUUAUAAGCUGGAAGGCCAAUCACCUGAGCGAACAAAAGAUCUUGAUUCUUCAAGUUCACCAGUUGUACGGCCUGUUAGAGAUAUUUUAGGAGAAAAUGUAGUUCCUCUUCGAAUAAGUGAACCGCCCAAAACAAACAGUGGGAAGGCUGCUGAUGGCUCUGCACUCACACAGAGAACUGCAUCUUCCGGUAGCAUAGCAUCUAGUAAUGGAAACGCAGCAGAAGUUAAGCUUGAGAGUACUAAGAGCCUUAUUGAUUUUGAUGCUGAGCCCGAACCUCCUGUUGCUCCAGCAAUUCCCCAAGCUCAACAAACUACUGCUGUCCAAUCUGCUGUUCAGCCAGCACAUUCUAGUGAUGACAACUGGGCAUCUUUUGAUACUGCCCCUGUGGCGAAAACAACCCAAGGUCCUUCAAAUUUUAGUCCACUUGACUCUGUUCUCUCACAGCUAUCAAUGCCAUCACCUGCCCCUGCCCAGGCUUCUGGAGUUCAAGGGCCUCUGCCAGCAUCAGCUGCCACUGCUGCUGCUGGAGCUGGAACUCUUGGCAACUUCUCAUCAGUACCUCCGAGUGGUACUUAUGUAACAGCCCCUGGAUUGACAAUGGUGCCGCCAAUCAAUGAUGCAGUCCAGUGGGCCAGUGCGCAACGCAACCAACCUGUGUUUCCUACAACUGGUAGUCAUCCUACUACUCAACAAUUUAUUCCAUCAACAGGUGGAUUUUUGAAUGGUCAGUGGAAUGUAUCUCCAGUGCCCACAAUGCAAGGGCACCCUAGCAUACGAAUGCCACAUGCAUCCCCUCUUACCUCGAAACGUGCCAAUGAAGUUAGCUCUAGCGCUGCUUCACAGCCUUCAAUAGAAGUACAACAAGGUGGAAGAAAAGAACUUCCUGAGGAUCUUUUUACUGCAAAGUAUUCAUCCUUUGCUUCUCUGGCUCCCGGGUGGCAAAUGCGUCCUCCCCAUGGCAUGGGUAUCUAUAUGCAAUAUAAUACUGCAGCGCCCAUGCCAAGUUUUCCACAGUCAUCAAAAUCAACAAAUCCAUUUGACGUCAGCAGUGAACCACCUCCAGUUCAAGCCCCAACAUUUCCUUCCAUGUCAUCCUUGCAAGGUGUUCUGCCAAGUAUACCACCUUCUUCAGGUGUAAUACACCCCUUGAGCCUGGGCAAUCCGUCACUUUCCUGGAACUCACCCCGGCCAUCAUAUGGUUCAGUACUUCCUCCGCAAGCUCAAGUUCACGCACCAGCGAUGGCACCGAGGGCAUACCUGGGGCAACAAGUGCCAACUAACAUGCCAGUGCCUGGGCAUCAGGAAAUUGGGAAUUCUGGCGCACGGGGGGCUGCUUUUGGCUUCUCAAAUCCAGAUCAGCAGAUGACUGGUAUGUUCUCAACACCUGCUGCAGCAAAUUCCUUCCCUGCUGGAGGCAACCCCUUUGGGUGAUGUGAAAAUUAUACCAUCUGGCCUUUUCUUGACACGCACCAUCUUGUUGCUCCCUGUACAAAUGUGGGUGAAGUUUUGAUUUACUUCAUUUUAUCAGUCAAUGAGAGAUUUGUGAUCAUCGUUGGGGUUAAAGUCAAAUACCUACAGUUGCAGUGUAAAUUUGUUUAUUGCUAUAGGAAUGAGAAAAACACGAUCUUCCUUUUUUUGGUUUGUGGGGUGGACGAUCUUAAAAGGAGAGCGAAACUGGUGCAGAGAACCCUUCGUGCAGGCAAUAUUUUUGGACGCGACAUGUGUUCGCUUGCAAUUGUAGCGUCGAUUGAGUGAUGAUGCGUGUAUUUGGUGAUCAAUAUUUGUAUUAUUUUCUUGUUUGUUGUAUUUUAUGUUUCGUAAUCUUGUAAUUUUGGCGUGCUCGUUUCGUAGAUGUACUUGAAAUCCUGCUGCUAUUGGAGUCUCUUCCCCAAACUGGCUUUU